AUGGCGGUGGGACCCAAAUGUCUGCUUCCGUGGCAUGGAUCUGACGGAGGUUCUGCGUGCGCGCAACGAGCCACCACCGCGUCCGAUCUAGCACUCGUCGUCGUCUCCCUUCACGGCCUCGCUCGGCGCCUUGCUCGCCGCCGCGCCGCUCCCCAGCCAGCGGCCCCGGCUGCUGCUCUUCUCGCCGCCGCCGUCGACGCUGUCCAUUCAGAUUCGGAAUCGACUUUAUUCGAUGUCACUGCUUCGGCUCCGAAAGGCCCGAGGCAUGGGAAGAUGCGAGGCUUCUCUAGCAACGCACGCCAAUUUGCUUGUGCUAAUCUGCUAGAUUGUCUGUGGCAAUGUGUUGGUCGUGUCAAAAUAGUUCUGAUGGGAAUCUCGUGGCUUGGCAGGCAGACAUCAGAGUUUGCUGAUUUGGAUUGGGAGAACCUUGGUUUUGGACUCGUGCAAACUGACUAUAUGUAUACUACAAAAUGUGGGCCAGAUGGGAACUUUGACAAGGGUGGAAUGGUGCCGUUUGGGCCAAUAGAAAUGAACCCAGCAUCCGGAGUCCUGAAUUAUGGACAGGGGUUGUUCGAAGGCCUAAAGGCGUAUAGAAAAACUGAUGGCUCCAUCCUGUUGUUUCGCCCAAUGGAAAAUGCAAUGAGGAUGCAAACUGGUGCCGAGAGGAUGUGCAUGCCUGCACCUCCUGUCGAGCAAUUUGUGGAUGCAGUAAAACAAACCGUUUUAGCAAACAAGAGAUGGGUGCCUCCUACCGGUAAAGGUUCUUUGUACAUUAGGCCUCUACUCGUGGGAAGUGGGGCUGUUCUUGGUCUCGCACCUGCUCCUGAGUACACAUUCCUUAUUUUUGCCUCCCCUGUUGGGAACUACUUCAAGGAAGGAUUAGCGCCAAUAAAUUUGAUAGUUGAAGACAAGUUUCAUCGGGCCACCCCUGGUGGAACUGGAGGUGUUAAGACCAUUGGGAAUUAUGCCUCGGUCUUGAUGGCACAGAAGAUUGCAAAGGAGAAAGGUUAUUCUGAUGUUCUCUACUUGGAUGCUGUUGAGAAAAAGUAUCUUGAAGAAGUAUCUUCAUGUAAUAUUUUUGUUGUGAAGGGCAAUGUUAUUUCAACUCCAGCAAUAAAAGGAACAAUAUUGCCGGGCAUCACAAGGAAAAGUAUAAUUGAUGUUGCUCUGAGCAAAGGCUUCCAGUUAACUAUAGCAUUGUGUGAUGAAUAUGCAUUUCUCCUUAAGAUUCAUAAAUCCACGGUCGAGGAGCGGCUUGUGUCGGUGGAUGAGUUGCUCGAUGCCGACGAAGUGUUCUGCACAGGGACCGCCGUCGUAGUGUCUCCCGUAGGUAGCAUUACAUAUCAAGGGAAAAGGAUAGAGUAUGCUGGCAAGCAAGGAGUCGGCGCGGUGUCUCGGCAACUGUACACCUCGCUAACAAGCCUCCAGAUGGGCCAGGUGGAGGACCCCAUGGGCUGGACCGUGCAACUGAACUAA